CUACGUCACACAAAUGUUCCAGCCCCCUAUUUAACACGGGCAGACUGGAGUCCCCUAACCAGAUUUCAAUAGAACAAGUUGAGCCGCUCCUGUUCAACCAACAACACCACGUCCAUUGAUUCUUCCAAUUCACCCACAAGCAGUCCGCCAGCUUCCACUGUGGUCCGAAUCAAAACAAGCAAAGCCCGUGUGCGCACGCGGGGGGAGACAGCCGGCACCGCUCAGUCCUCCGCGGGAUACUUGGAAAGCUACAGCAACAGGAUCCAUCCCCGCUCCUCUCUGCUGUUCAUCAUCACGCCUGAGCAACACCUGUUUUGAGAAAAACCUUUUUUCCGUGUGGCUCGGAUACCCGCGCGCUGUCCUUCCUAAAUGACGGACUGACUAUAACUGCUAUGACAGGGAAACUAGCGGACAAGAUCCCUCUUACCAUGAGCAGUUUAAUAAACACCAUCCCUGACAGUCUCUACCCAGAAGAGGACAUCCCGACGUCUAUGAAUAUUUUCACCAAUACGGAGUCUAUAAACCAUUAUUCACAGAUGAACACAGAUAAUAUCAUGGAUCUGGGCAUGGGGAGUGAGAAGGCGACCUCAGAGAUUCAGUAUGGAUCCAGCUUCCAGUCCAGCCGCAGCGGGCAGACCGUCACUUAUCUGGGGAAGUUUGCCUUUGACACACCUCCCUCGGGUGGGAUUGGUGGUUCAGGCUGGUGCCCUGACAACAACAUCAUCAGCCUCGUGAGUGCGGGGAUCCUGGGUGUCUCUCCAUCGCCGGGCAACGUUACCACGCAGACGUCGUCCUCUGGAGCCAGCAUGGGAGGGCAGGCGGCAGACAUGGAGCAGGUGUAUGGUCCACCGCUGCCUCCUUACUCCACCUGCAGUGACCUCUACCAAGAUCAGGGCUCCUUUCAUCACAGCCCUGUGUCGAGCACGGCUUUAGCCUACCCAGGCAAUGACUAUCAUUCUACACCCAAAGCCUCCAUGGAUGGCAGCCUUUUCUCAAUGAUUCCCGACUACAACCUUUUUCAUCAUCAAGGGGAGGUUGGUGUGAUGGAGCACAAGCCCUUCCAGACUAUGGAUCCCAUCAGAGUGAACCCUCCACCUAUUACACCCCUGGAGACAAUCAGAGCGUUCAAGGACAAGCAGCAAAUGCACCCGUGUUUCCCGGGAGGACAGCAGCACCCGCCUCAACACCAUCCCCCGCCUCAGACUCUCACCCUGAAACCCAUCCGACCGCGGAAGUACCCCAACCGUCCCAGCAAAACCCCAGUCCACGAACGGCCGCACGCCUGUCCGGCAGAGAACUGUGACAGAAGAUUCUCGCGCUCUGAUGAGCUCACGCGUCACCUCCGCAUCCACACGGGUCACAAGCCCUUCCAGUGCAGAAUAUGCAUGCGAUCCUUCAGCCGGAGUGACCAUCUGACCACGCACAUUCGCACACACACAGGUGAGAAACCCUUCUCCUGUGAGUUCUGUGGACGCAAGUUUGCCAGAAGUGAUGAGAGAAAGAGACAUGCAAAGGUUCAUCUGAAACAGAAGGACAAGAAACAGGCAGAGAAGAGCAGUGGGGCAGCGGGGAGUCACACCUCACCCCCCAGUUCCUGUGGGGGGCCAACAGUGGGAUCAUCAUGACCGUCACUAUGUGCACUUGGACUAAAUUAUGGCCAAACACCAUAGAAAGACUUGAUAAAAAAGGGAUCAGACCCACUAUGAAAUGAAUAGGUGACUCUUUUCUUUUCUUCUACCCUCUUGCUGUUCCCUCUAUUUUUAAGAUGGAUGCACUAAGUUUAAGUAAGACAGGGAAGGCUGCUUUUCUUUUUGUUUAAGCAGUUCAGAGCCUCAGCUACUGUAACACAGUGUCAGCACAAAGAAGGGCACUGAAGCACGUUUUUGUCAAAAAGGUCACUGUUUAUCUUGAGGUUAAUACGCUCGGAAAUUCAAACGUUAUAUUUUUUUUAGAUUGGAGACAUGCCAGCCUCCACAAUGGAGCAGAAACCGACAAAUUUGUGAUGGAGCUCAGCUCAGCGUUUAAUCAUCUGGGGUGUAUGCAUUCCUUUUAUUGCACAGUUCCAACGUCCAUUUGGUUAUUUUAAUGUCGUGUCACAAAUACCUUAACGGUGGCACUCGGCUGUCUUUUUUAUUGAAAUGUUGUGUUUAUAUUUUUUUUUAAAGCUGUUUUUUUUUUUUUUUGUAAGGAAUGUGCCAAAUGUAUUGUGAUGAUGCAGCCAACCUUGUUCUUAUAUUUGUGCCUGACAUUUGCCAAACCCAAUUUUGGUAUCAGCUUAACACAGUUGUAAACGGAAAGAUCAGAUUCAUUCAUCUCAUAGCAGAUCAACCAGCUUAGUCUGGUUAAAAAUGACUGACAAAGUCACGCAAAGCAAACUAAUGUCUUGUCAUCUGUUCAAAAAUGCCUGCAGCAAUACGCCCUUUGCCAAUACUUAUUUAUUUCUAGUCACUGUGAGAAACAUUUUUUUUUUGUCGUUUUUGCCCUUUCUUCAUGGCAGCUUUUUCUUCAUGAUUCCAGAUAUUGUUUGUGUUGAAUUUCAUACUUAUUUUUCCUCAUGAACUCCACCGUUUUUUUUGUUUUUUAUUUUUUUAAAUGCACUCAUGAUAUGUUUGUGACCAAUUCAUGAAUCCAGUUUGCCAAGAAACCAAUUACGAGAGCUGACUUAAUUCAUUAAAGCACACCAGGUCACCUGUCUAAACUAUAAAGCUGAAUUACAAAAAAGGAUGAAAGAGGCUCGUUGCACACCAAAAGAUAUAUAGAUAGAGAAUGCUAAAAUUAAAAAAAAAAAAUCUCCAAAUCUUUGUUUACAUCUUUCCUAAUGCAGAGAUUCUGAACUGUAAAUUAAGGUCUUGUUUUUUUGUACAGUAUGCAAAUAUGUAAGCAGGUAGCUAAAGUAGAAAAUUUCACUUUCGUAAACAAAUAUCAAAUGCACCAUACUUCAGUAUUAAAUUGUGAUUAUACUGUAUGUGCAUUAUUUUAAGCACACUAAUGUAAAUACAAAUGUCUGCAUAAAACAAAGACUUUCAACUGAGUGAAUGUUUGUGCAAAAUGUGUCGUAAUGUAGGUAUAAGUUCAAUUAUUUUGUUGUCCUUGGCUACAUAAAGCAGUUUGGUUCACAACAGUUUUGCCAAAUAAAAUGCUCUGGCUUUCACCGAGAGAAAAAAAAAGGAUCUAAACGAUAUAAUGGCACCAUCUGCACGCUUUAGGGUGGAAACUGGCACAGAAAAGCUGUAAUGUGUUCUCUGAAUAAAUUUCAAGAGUUUUUAUAUAUUUAUUAUUUUUUACAUUUUGUGAAUUUCUAUAAAAUAAAUCACUGCUUAUUUCAAUUUCUACGUCCAUCUUACUUUAUAACCUCCUCCAUAAUUUAUGGAAUAUCCUGUUUAAUUUUAAAUUUUCUACUCAUGAAGUUUGGUUCAUGCUGGCAGAAAGAAAAACUUCCACCGUUCACUGCAAUGAUCUUGUUUCAUUUUUACUUUAUUUUAAUAUAAUGUUGACAUUAUAACAUAGAAAAAUAUUAAUUUCAUGAAAGUUUUUCUUUUUGGGGAGUUCUAUGGAACAUUUAUAGAGCAGAAGGGCUAAAGUACAAAGAUGCUGUGUUCAAACAUUAAAACGUUGCUUUUAGUUAUUAGUCUCAAAGGAAAAAGCUGGGGAAAAUGGAAAAAAUACUAUGGAGGAAUGCACUUUAGCCUGGAGGUCCAUAAAACAUGCAGCAGUCAGACAUAACCACACCGGUGCUGGACUCAUUCAUCAAAAAAGUAGGUUGAAUAAGGUACAAACUUGUCAUCGUCUGAGUUUAUAAAAACUCUUGAGAUAAUUUCUCAAACCAAGUUUUUUUUUUUAUUUAAAGGAUUUCUAAAGAUCAGACAUGCACAUUGAAUUUGGCUAUACAGUUUAAUAAAAAAAAAAUCAGCAAACAUAAAAUACAAGCCAAAAAAAAAUGGACACUUGCAAAAACUCUAACGUUUAUAGACAGUGAUGCAAAGAAAAUUAGACUGGAAAAAUUAGGGGGAAAAUGCUUUCCUUGACUUCUAACAAACUGCUUUAACAAGUAAGGUUGCGGACAAGUGUCCAAUCAUUUUCCAAAUAAAAUGCCCUCAGAAAGUCUUUGUGGUCACAUGAACAGAACUCCUUGCACUUUCGUAAAAGGUCUUAAAAGUCUUACUGGCUCUAAUAUUGUAACCAUGAAUCAGGAUGGUUAAAACAUGGCAUCUGUAUCAUGGCAUUGGUGCUCACAGACAUUAAAUGUUUCUACUCCAUGUUCAUGAUUAAACUGAGAUUAAUGGAACAACUUCUACAAGCAAAAUUUGCCUUCCCAGCAUGCAGCAUUUCAGCUCUGAAAUGAAUCAAGAUUUUAUGAUUUGUUUAAUCCCAAGGAAUUUCCUCAAGUCCAAAUAUAAUAUGAAACGUAACAUUAUUAGAUAGAAAAGAAACAGCAUGAAGGGUUGUGGAAAAUAAGUAUUGUCUUAUUUUUAAUAAUUAAUGUUUUCUACAACUUGCUCCAUGUUAUUUUAAAAAUAAAUAAUAUACGUUUUGUAUUUUCCUUGAUCAACCUCUUUCAUGUCCAAGUGAAGCCACGUGAAUACAAGCUUUUAGCAGAAUUCCUGGUUAGCCUCACUUUUGUUGACACCAUUUUUGUUGUGCCAUUUUUGUAAAUUAUGUAAAUAUAAUACAAUCUACUAGAUCUAAUUUCUUUAAUUCAGCUUUUUUUAUUAUUAUUUCCAGCAGUGCAAUAUUUGACAAAUACCACAGAUAUGCAUAAACACCCAUUAAACUCAAUACCUCUUAGAUAUAAUAAAAAAUGCAUUUCACAAAACAUUUUUCUAGAAAAGUCAUCAAUGUUUUCUUGGUCAUAAAUAAGAGAGUGAUUGUCUGGAAUUUUUAAUUUGUCCCAUCCUCUCACUAUGUUACAUAUUUGGUCAGCAGCCACCUUUGUGCCAAACUGGGUUGCAGGGUUGGCUGAUCACAGACAAUACAUUAGGAAAAACCUAACAGGAGCAAACAUAAAUAAAUAAAUAAAAAGAAAUCAUAAAUGUUUGCUUGUUUCUAAGGGCAGCCUUGUGCUAAGGUUUGUGUAACUCUUUGAUUUAAAAUGCAUAAAUAUGGAUUCCCUAAGGAAUGGGAAAAUAGAAAAAGUUUAUAUCAAUAACGAUGUAGAUAUUUUAAGCAAAUCAUGUCAUCUUAUGAACUACAGGGUGGCUUCAGGGAUUUUGUGGUCUUCAGCCGUGACAUUGGUGUUAAAAUGGAGUCGGUACUCACUGUUUUUUUCUUUUAUUUUUUUGUUGUGUUGUGUUUUCUUUCACUAACAGUAUACCCUCAUGUUUGCAUGUGCACGGAAAUAUCCCAAAGUGCUACCAACCCUCUGCAGGUGGUCCUUAUUUCUUUAUUAUGCAUGAAAAUAAAAGUCACUUUGGGUCACACAGGACAAACACAACAACAAUGCAAGAUAGAAAACUUUGGAACAUACAUUGGGAUAACUGUUCUGUUGACUUUAUUUUUUGUUUAAGAAAAACAGUGGGUUUUGUUCAAAUGUUUGGGAUGUCUUGAGUUUAUUUCAUGUUUUUAUUACCUUAUAAUAAGGUCACUUUGCAACAAGAAAUAGUUGUACAAUAUCCUUGUGGUUGGGGGGGAUGGGGUGUUCCCCUGUUUACAUGCCACUUCUGUUUGUUGUAAUGCAAUUGUUUUGUUAUUUCUAUGUAAGUACUUGAAUAAAAAAAAUCACUUGA